AUGGUGAAGUUUCUGCCGAUCGGACGUCAACUCAAAGUCUGCGGCGAGGCGUUCCACGGCUUCUUCGCCAUGGUGGUUAACGAGCGCAGGCGCUACCUCGAGGAGGUCGGCUACGAGCACAUCAAGAGGGUGGCCGACGAGUACGACGACGUGACGGACGGUUGGCCGAGCCAGGCCAGCGACCGACGUCGCCUGGCGCUGCUGGAUUUGCUGCUGCAGCUCGAGUCCGAGGGCCGGAUCGACGAGAAGGGUGUGCUGGAAGAGCUCGAGAUCAUCAUCUCGGCGGCCUACGACACCACCGGUUACGCACUGUCCUAUCUCACGGUGCUGAUGGGUGAGCAUCCGGAGAUACAUGAGCGGGCCAGGCGCGAGGUGCAGCCCAUAAUGGAGGAGUGCGGUGGCAAUUUGACCUCGAACGAGCUUGAGAGGAUGGAGUAUCUCGAGCGUUGCUUCAAGGAGUCGAUGAGAAUAUUUCCGCCGGGCCCGGUAAUCGGUCGGCAUCUCGUCGAGGACAUCAUACUGCAAAGCGGCCACAAAGUGCCGGCGGGCACCGACAUCAUAAUCUUCUUCCAGACGGUCCAAAUGGACCCGAAGUAUUGGCCGGAUCCGAGUAAAUUCGACCCGGACAGAUUUCUGCCGGAGAACAUCAAGGAUCAGCAUCCCUACGCGUACAUGCCGUUCAGCUCGGGCAUUCGAGGCUGUAUUGGUAAGCGAUCGUCACGAUCGAUAUUGUACGACUUCAGAAUAGAGGCCGUGACGAGAUCGAAGGAUCUCAGGUUUCAGUUGAAUAUCGCCCUCGAGCCGCAUAUUCCCAUUGCUACGAAAUUCAUCAAGAUUGACAGAAAGUGA